UCUGUGCCCACAGGACUGCCAGCUGCCCUCCCUGCCCUGCCUCUGGAACUCACUGUCCUUUACAACUCCCUGCUUUUCACUGUGGGAGCAUCUGUCUCUGCCAUCAAAGGAGAAGCAGAAGGAAUACGCCAGGGGCUCCUCAGGGUUCUGGAGGCUUGUGGGGCCUGUGGACAGGAUCUUGGCACAGAGGAGCUGUGGGAAAAGGUGCUACAGGAGGUAACCAUAGAGGAGCUGCAGGCACCUCUGCACCGCCUCGGGGCCCUGCAAGCAGCCUGGUGGCUGGCAGCCAGCCAGCUGAGAAGUGUUGCUGGCCUCUUCCAUCUCCUGAGCACUGCUGAGGACCCAGAAAGAGCUCACUGCAAUGAGGGGCAGAAUGAACUCCUCUCCAUGAUCAAGGCAUGGCGGGUCCCUCCUGAGGAGACCUCCCUACCCCUUGUACAGAGUGCCAAGGACUUGAAGGAGAUCCUCUGGACUGCAGCAGCCUUCCUGCAAGGGCUGCAGGAGCUGGAGGCUGGGAACUUCUCCACUGCCCUUUCCCUCCUUCAGGAAGCUGCUGGAGGAUUCUGCUCCAAGAAGAUACUGGCACAGAUCUACACCUGUCUUGGCUGCUGUGCUCAGCGAAUGGGCAAGCCUCAGACAGCCCUUCAGCACCUGAAACGGGCCCUCCAGGUAGAUUUCCAGUGCCUUCCUGCCCUGUCCCACGUGGCAGCAGUGUACCAUGAACUGGGAGAGACCAAUGCGGAGCUGCAGGCCCUGACCCUGCUCUACAAGGCUCUGGGAAAAAACCCUCCAGCAGCUGCUUCCUCUAGUCCCUGUUUCCUAAUGCGAACGGAGCUGCUUGUCCACACGCCAGUACUCACUUCUCUCCUUCGCCAGCACCACCCCUCUGAAGUGAAGUACCUUCUAGCACAGCGGUGUCUCCAGGAUGGGAGGGUGGCUGAUGCAGUGGAACAUUACCUGGAUUUUCUGUCUCUCCUUCAGGAGGGGCUGCAGCAGCAGGUGCCCCUGGAUGGUAGCUCAGCUCUGCCCAGAAUCCCAGUGGUGUUCCUGGAAGCAGCAUCUGCCUUGGAGCAAGCUGGGAGGCACCAGGAUGCCAUAACUGUGUGUGAGGAAGUCAUCAGACAGACAACUGACCACAUUCCACGUGUGUUACGAGUGGAGGAGACUCUGCAGCACCCAGAGUGCUCAUUGCCAGGGGCAGAACUGGCAGGUGCACUCCUGUCCCAAAAGGAGAGCCUGUGCUGUCUUGCCUGGAGAGCAGCUGGAUACCUGCACCAAGGCUGGGCAUGGGCCAAGCUAGGCGAGAGCAAGGAAGCUAUAACACAGUUCAGCAGGUGCCUCAGUGAUAUCCUGCGUGUCCAGCUUCAUGGAUCUGGCAUCAGACAGACAGAGAAUCUCCAGCCAGAAGUGGCGGUGCUCCAGAAAAUCAGGUUGCUCUCUCUUAUUGGGCGAGGUACACAGUUCCUGGAGCUGGGGAGGCACAAAGAAGCCCUGUUGGAUUUCCAGCACAGUUUGCAGAUCUCACCAGGUGACCCAGGUGCUGCCUCCUACCUGGUGCAGGCCUUGUGGAAGCUGAACCGAAAGCAGGAGGCAGCUGCUCAGUGGCAGAAGUUCUCCCAGAGCUCCUCUGGACAGGAUGGGCAGCAGCAAGGGCAGGGAAGGCCCCUCCCUUUGUACUUGGUUUCAUGUCUGGAGCAGGCGAUGUUCCCUCACAGUGAACCUCUUGCCAGAAGCAUACAGGAUUACCUCAGGGCAGCAGCCCAGGACACCUCAAGCUGACCUGGUCAUGCCCACCAUAUCCAUCUGCUUAGGUCUCCCUGCACUUGGCUGGCACAAGGCCUUUAAGGACUCUUUCAAGACUCUGAAUUACUCUGUGAUGAAACUGGAUUCCCAAAGGACUGAAACAGAAUAGAUCUCCUUUUGUAAUAAAAAACUCAAGCUCUGCUUA